AUGUCCGAUACCGUCAUCAAACGUAAAAUAGUCAUCGUAGGCGACGGUGCAUGUGGGAAAACAUCUCUCCUCUAUGUGUUCACGUUGGGAGAGUUUCCUACCGAAUAUCACCCCACUGUGUUUGAAAAUUACGCCACCGAUUGCCGUGUUGAUGGUAAGCCUGUUAGAUUGACUCUUUGGGAUACUGCAGGUCAGGAAGAAUAUGAGAGAUUGAGACCCCUUUCUUACUCCAAGGCCAACAUAAUCCUCAUCGGUUUCGCCAUCAAUUCUCCUGACUCUUUAGAGAAUGCUGGUAUGAAAUGGGCCCAGGAGGUCAGUCAGUACUGUCCCAACAUACCUGUCAUUCUUAUUGGCUUGAAAAAGGAUCUAAGGCCUCUUGAUGAUGGUUCCGAUCCUUGCUAUGCUGAGAAGUAUGUCACUCCUGAAAGAGGAGAACAGGCUGCACGCUUUAUUGGUGCCAAACGUUACGUCGAGUGCUCUUCAUUAACGGGAGAAGCCGUAGAUGAUGUGUUUGAAAUUGCCACCAGGGCCAGCUUGCUUCUCAAGGAGGAACCUGAAAGUACUUGCUGUGUCAUCUCAUGA